AUGUGUGCGUGGGUGGCGUUGAUCCGGCAUCUGCUCGAGGUGCGAGCCGAGGCCGCCGUCUCUGCUCUCUUGGCGGCCGGCGAGCAGCGUUCCCUCACGCGCCUCCAGCAGGAGAAGCCUCGCGGCACCGCGCUCCGAACGAGGCCAGCAGCGCGACCCAAGCUAGCCCUCCUGAGCGGGGAGCCGCGCUUCGCGUUGCGGCGCAGCGUGUGGCGGCUCAACGGGAGGAGCUGGGUUGAGCGACGCGACGCGAUGCGGGGCGUGCGACGCGUUAUUUUAUUCAAAUCGCACAAAAAUAACUCCGCGACCCUGCCGUGUACGAGCGCGACUGCGAUCGCCGCCGCGGGGCCGAAGUCGAAGCACGGCCGCGGCGGAAGGAACGAAGGAAAUCGUCGCUGA